GCGGCGCCGAACUUAGACUGAAGGAGAUCGUGACGUUGUGUUCAAGCAGUUUCUUUUCUCGUAAGACUGUGGCAACUAUGAGACGAAAACGGCAAGUGAGAGAAAACAGCCUAAUAAUGUUUUCGAUUCUACUGGUAGCGUUUGUUGUGGCAGCGCUCGGCAAAGAAAAAGGAGGAAUUCGUGUUGCAUUCCUCGCCAUGGCCCCGACGAUAAAGUCUAAUGACAUGAAAGCCACGUUUCACUUAAUGUCAGCGGAUAAUACAAGUUGCAGUUUCGAGUUCAAAUUUCUGUUCAGCGAUGGGGUAGUCAAGGUCUCAGUCUUGAUGAACGAAAGGAGAAAGCUCCCAUCACUGGAGUUGAAGAUCAAGAACCUGUUGUUCGAGAUAGUCCAACUCAAACCCAACGGAUUUCUUUUGUCUCUUGACUACCCGUACGGUUUGCUCAGUCGGAAAGAUGUCUUUGUAGAAACCGAGACGGAGAUGAAUUCUAUUAGCGGGACGAGCUGGAAAUUCGAGAAACUAGGCUCGGGUCACGGUGAAUGGGUGAAGGUCAUGGCGGUCUCGGUUGCUGGGGAAGCAAUAAGUCUGAAGAUAGGAAGUGAUGACGAGCGAACUCUCAACACCACACAGCCGACGAAAGUCAGUGGCAGCUUUGAAAUAAAAGAAUCUUUGCAGGGUGAAGGGGCUUCUAAGAGUAACAGUUGCGCGAGUUUCCACUUCAGAAAUGAUGGCGUCUGCGAUUUCAGGAAGAGCGAUGUCUGUGAAGCGCUUUACGAGAUAUUUCCAAAGAACGACGAAAUUCGUCCAAAAGAUGGUUUUUGGCGGCAAAACUGGCACUGCCUCUUGAUCUUGCUCUUCUUCGCAUAUCUCUGCUUCAAGGGUUACUGCAAGUCCUGUGUUCCCUGUUCCUCAUGUCACCGCACCAGCUCCCCCAAAAGCGAGGGGACCCACAGCAUCCCCUCCCAGCCCUCCUUCACGAGUCACCAGAACACGAACUUAGCUCGUCCCCAAGUGAGUCUCCCUCGCUCUGACGCAACGAGCAGGGAGAGCAUUAACAGCGAAUACUUCAGAAUGAGCGACUUGGCCAAAUCCCCUGAGACGCCGGCUGCUGGCGACUGCAGGAAUGAUGGCGACUAUUCGCGUCUGCAGCACAUCACGGCCGUCCCGAUCUUGGAAGGGCAUUAUGACUGCGUGUAGAGUCCUUUGAGGGAGAAAUUCCUAUCGUUCUUUGAGAGGGCUGGAGUAGAUCGAGAGGGAGAGAAGGGAAGGAAGAAAGAGAGA